AUGAAGGAUCAACAAGCUCUGCUUAGGAAUCAGCAAGCAUCCAUUCUCAACAUAGAAAAGCAGUUGGGCCAACUCGCACAACAAGUGAACGAGAGAAGACCGGGUGCACUUCCUAGUAAUACCAAAAGUAACCUAAAAGGUGCACAUAUAAGUAUUGUGACAACUAGGAGUGGGAAGAUUACAACUCCUUUGGCCCCUAUUCAGCAAGAAGAUCCUAAGCUGGUGCAAGAGGAAGAAGAAGAACAUGAAAAAUCACAAAUUCCCGACCCGACUCGCCGAGUCGAUGUUACGGACUCGAUGAGUCCCCCACCUGAACAGAAAAGCCUGCCUCCUGUUAAGCCAUAUCAGCCUCCAUUGCCAUUUCCAGCCCGAGCUAGACAAGAAAAGAAUGAAGUUGAUUACCAGAAGUUUCUGGAACACAUAAAGGCUCUUCAAAUUAAUAUUUCAUUCAUAGAGGCGGUCGCUCAAAUGCCUAUAUAUGCUAACUUUCUCAAGGAGCUUCUAGCUAAUAGAAGGAAGAUGGAAUAG